AACAACACUGGUUUUGAUUGAUAGAGAAGUUGGCUUUUUUAUUCCUGAAAACUUUUUACACAUAGCGAUGACUAGUAAGUUUCUUAAAUUCGCAUCUAAACUGUUGCCGAAUUUUGCGACCAACAAGAACUUGCUUGGAGCAAAUGCAGGACGACGUGGGCGUGGACAUGGAAAGCUGAUGGCCUUAGGCGGUGUCGUUACUGGCGGCAUUGGACUGCUGCUGUAUGCUUUGGAAUCCAGUGUGGAUGCUUCUAGUGAUUGUGUGCAUCCGCCAAAGCACAAAUGGACCGACUCAGGUUUGCUCUCGGCCUUGGACAAGGAAGGCGUUCGUCGUGGCUAUCAAGUGUACAAGGAGGUCUGCUCCUCUUGCCAUUCAUUGCAGUACAUUGCUUACCGUAAUUUGGUCAACGUUUGCAUGACGGAAUCGGAGGCCAAGGCAGAGGCUGAACAGAUUACUGUCAGGGAUGGACCUAAUGAUGAUGGCGAAUAUUUUGAUCGACCAGGAAAGCUAAGCGAUUACUUGCCAGCACCCUAUGAGAAUGAGGAAGCUGCUCGCUCGGCCAACAAUGGGGCCUAUCCGCCGGAUCUUAGCUAUAUUGUUUCGGCUCGUAAGGGUGGCGAAAAUUAUAUCUUUUCCCUUUUAACCGGCUACUGUGAGCCACCGGCUGGUUUUGUGCUACAAGAUGGACAGUACUAUAAUCCGUAUUUCUCGGGUGGAGCCAUUUCUAUGAGUCAGAUUAUUAGCAACGAGUCGGUUACCUAUGCGGAUCCCGAAAUUGCUGCUUCAGCUUCACAGAUUGCCAAAGACGUUUGCACAUUCCUCAAAUGGACAUCGGAGCCAGAGUCAGAUGAACGCAAAAAACUGCUGAUCAAGUUGGUCCUUAUGUCAACUUUCCUAAUCGGAAUCUCCUAUUACAUCAAGCGUUUCAAGUGGUCUUCCCUAAAGUCACGCAAGAUAUUCUUUGUACCAGCCAAAGGAAAUGAAACGUCCGAAGGUAACUCCAAUGGGAAUGGAAACUGUGGUGACCAUUAGAAAUCAACAAGCCAAGACUAUUGUGAAUAAAUAUAUUUACACUAAAUGUUUUUGAAAUUUUAAUUGUUAAAAGCAUAUUUAUGGCGCUUCUAGUGUAACUAUGCAAAUAAAGUCUUACUUUUAUUUUGAACCAA